AUGGUGGUAGAACAGUCCAUAAAGAAGAUCGCCAUCAUCGGAGGCGGACCCAGUGGAAUGGCCCUGGUGAAGACGUUGAACACAGAAAAAUGUGACUUUGACAUCGACUUGUACGACUCGCGAGCCAACCUAGGUGGCAUUUGGAACUAUUUCCCUACCAAGUCCCAAUAUAACGACGACCAUGAGCUUGUGGCCAACGACGAGUACAACCACUCUCCUUUGUAUGCAAACUUGGAAACCAAUAUUCUUUACAAGUCAAUGGAGUUUACCAACUUCCAUUUCCCUGAAGAAAGUGUUGACUUUCCGUUCAGAACAGAGGUGUUGGACUACUUAACGAAAUACUCAAAGACGCUUGGUCCCUACAAUAAAUACUUGAAUACCAGAGUCACGGGCGUGGAGAAGAAUGGUGAUUCUUGGGAACUUGUCAGCAAAAACGUGGUUUCUGGGGAAGUGACUACAAGACUCUACGAUGCGGUAGUGGUUGCCAAUGGCCAUUUUGAGGUCCCACGGAUCCCUGAGGUUGACGGGCUCGAUGAGUGGAAGAAAAGGGAUCCUAAGUCAAUCACACAUGCUAAAUUCUUUGAUACACCCUCAAGAUACAAAGAUAAGACGGUCUUGGUGGUGGGUGGAAUUGCCAGUGGUAGCGAUAUAGCUAUACAAUCCAGUGCUACAGCUAAAAAAGUGUAUGUUUCCUGUGAUGAAACCACCAUAUUAUCCAACAUCAACAACCCAUUUAUUGAAAUCAUUCCCCGUAUCGAGAGUUACGAUGUGAAUACUAGGUCUGUGUCUUUUGGCGGUGAGAAGGUCUCUGACAUCGACGAAGUCAUUUUUUGCACAGGAUACUUGUAUGACGUUCCAUUCUUGAAAUUGGAUAUCUGCAAGAAAAGAUACAUCCAAGACUUGUAUCGCCAGAUGUUUUAUGUCCAAGAUCCUUCCUUAACAUUUGUGGGGUUGGGAAAAGAUGUGAGUCCAUUCCCCUUUGCAGAAGCACAGUCUAGUAUCAUUGCAAGAUAUUACAGUGGGAGGUUGAAGCUUCCAACUAGCGAUGAAAUGAAACUGGUGGCUGACGAGGAGUUGAAGACUAAAGGUGAUAGACUCCAUGGUUUAAAGUUUCCCAAGGAAGGAGAGUAUAUCAAUGGGUUGUUUCAGUUACUUGAAGACAGGGAUCUUCUUGACGGGGUGGAACGGAAGAAGAAAGUUCCGGAGGUGAAGCUCAAGAGAGUUAUUAACAAUAACCAGAGGAUACUUGAUGAGAGGGGAGUAUUUGGUAUUUAA